GAUUAGUCUAUACCCAAUAAAAACUAGGGUUACGAAGAAAAGCUAUGGAUUCUUAAAUAUCUUUCUCUUCUCUAUGGGAUCUCUUUCUGUACGUUAUCAUUUCUCAAUUAUCUUCUGCAAUUUCAAUUUGAUCCAAGUAUAAGAUUCAAUUAAUCAAUGGAGACUCAAUGGAUUACUGAAUUUCCUCAUACAAAUAUGGAUAAAAGACCUAGAAAAAGACCGAGAUUAGCUUGGGAUAUUCCUCCUCCUGUACCUCCUCCGAAGGCACUGCCUGCAAUAUACUGCGGACAAGAGUUUAUGAGCGGGGUUGGCUCCAGAAAUACUGGUGCUCCUCUGUAUUACAAAUCACAGAUUCGGAAUGGAUCUCCACCUUGGAGGAAUGAUGAUAAAGAUGGACACUAUGUAUUUGUUAUCGGAGAGAAUUUAACUCUUCGCUAUAAAAUUCUCAGUAAAAUGGGUGAAGGGACAUUUGGACAAGUAUUAGAAUGUUGGGACAAUGAAAAGAGAGAAGCUGUUGCUAUUAAAGUUGUACGUUCAAUUCAAAAGUAUCGUGAGGCUGCCAUGAUUGAGAUUGACGUUCUUCAAAAGCUUGCAAGACAUGAUGUCGGUGGCGCUCGUUGUGUGCAAAUACGGAAUUGGUUUGACUAUCGUAAUCAUAUUUGUAUCGUAUUUGAGAAGCUUGGACCGAGCUUGUAUGAUUUUCUUCGCAAAAAUAGCUACCGUUCUUUUCCCAUCGAUCUUGUUCGGGAGCUUGGCAGACAGCUUUUGGAGUCUGUAGCAUUUAUGCAUGAUCUAAGACUCAUUCAUACCGAUUUGAAGCCAGAAAACAUUCUGUUUGUUUCUCCAGAGUACAUCAGGGUGCCCGAUUACAAGUAUAUGCCCCGGACCACUAAAGAUGCUUGCUACUUCAGAAAUUUACCACUAUCUAGUUCUAUCAAGCUCAUUGAUUUCGGAAGUACAACAUUUGAACAUCAAGACCACACAUAUGUGGUAUCUACGCGCCAUUACCGGGCCCCAGAGGUCAUAUUAGGGCUUGGAUGGAACUACCCCUGUGAUUUAUGGAGUGUAGGUUGCAUACUUGUUGAGCUUUGCUCGGGAGAGGCUCUUUUUCAGACCCAUGAAAACCUGGAACAUCUAGCCAUGAUGGAGAGGGUGUUAGGUCCACUACCCCCGCACAUGAUGGUUAGAGCUGAUCGACGAGCUGAGAAGUACUUCAGAAGGGGUGCACGCUGUCGAUUGGACUGGCCUGAAGGUGCAAAUUCAAGGGAAAGCAUGAGGGCAGUUUGGAAAUUGCCUCGCCUCCAAAAUCUGGUGAUGCAGCACGUAGAUCAUUCUGCAGGGGAUCUAAUAGAUCUAUUGCAAGGGCUUCUGCGGUACGAUCCAUCUGUCCGACUAACAGCAAGGGAAGCUUUAAGACAUCCCUUCUUCACAAGAGACCUUAGAAGGGGUGGCCGUUUCUUUUAAUCUGGAUCAGAGUUGGAACGUGCUACCUGCUAGGCUCUGCGUCACCAACCAACCCGCAUGCCUCCACAUUUUUUGAGUAUGUAUGCUGGACUUUUUUUUUGUGUGUGUACAAUGUUUAACUAUCUAUUUUUCUACAGAGGAUGUUUUUGACUUGGCAGCGGUGAAGCCUAGCGUUUUCACUUGUAGGUUCAAUUAUGGUAGCAACAAAAGGUAAAUUUGUUGGAGGCAGCGCAUAAUUGAUACUACAUGUUUAUCUAUUUUUUUCCCUCAGAUAGAUGCUCCAACUUCGGUAGUAUAUAGUGAAGUGAUGUAUUGUUUCUUUUCCUUGCCCCAAAGCAAUUUCUUUA